AUGAGGGAUGAAAAUGGCAUGAAAAAUGACCAAAAAAACCUUAAAGGUGGCAGUCGAUCCCAAAAUGCUACAGUCAUAGAUAUGUGCACGAGAAAAUUGCCUUGGGCAUGCAAGCCACCAUGCCCAAUGGACUCCACCACCGUAAACGUGGUUGUUUCGGACAGAUUGGUGACCGAUAUUAUGGAGGAGGAUGUUGGGGAGAGUGAGACGAGGCGGUGGUGGUGGAGUCUGAAAAACUUGGGAAUCGAGCUCCUCCAAGCGGACGCCUUUGAUCUUCACUGUUUUCAGUCUCUGACCGGCACCAAAUUCUUUGUGGUGUGUGAGCCUGGAACACUUCAUAUGGAGGCUCUCCUGAAACACAUAUACGAGUUAUACACUGAUUAUGUUUUAAAGAACCUUUUCUAUGAGAUGGAGAUGCCAAUUAGUUGUGAACUGUUUGACGUGAAUUUGGCACGGGAAGUACAAAAGGAUCGGGUUGCAUUACUGGGAAGAUGA